GUUGCUGUUAUUGUUUUUGUCUAGCAUUGUUUAUUGGUGGGGGAAGUGAUUCCCAGCGAUUAACAUUUUUUCUCCCCAAAUAAAUAGCAAUAAAUUGAACAAAAAUCUUUACAAUCUUUCCAUAAGUAAGUGAGCUUGCAGCCUGGUGUGCCUGGCGCCCUUGGAAGAUCAGUUUGAAUCGUAAAUAAUUGUUAAUAUUCGUGAUUUUCCAUUUCGCGAUGAACUACUUACGUACAGCGUGCGAGAUUGCACGUACAUCGCCAGGUGUAUCGCGAUCGGUGACGAUGCUACGAUCACGUAGCACUGCACCGCGAUCUUUCUGUUCCCAGAUCGAACAAAAACCACAGCAACCGAAAGGUUCCCCGGCGGCAGGAUCGGGCACCGGAAACAAUGGGUCAAACAUAAGCACACAUACGCACUCACCGAAUGCGUUAGAGAAGCGUAUGUUAGUGUUUACGAAACGCUACAAAUCCAUCGAAGAAGUUCCCAACUUUGUCAGCCAGGAAAAGAUGGAACGUGUCCGCAAUCAGGUGCGAAUCAAGAUCGCCAACUACAUGAUGAUUGCCACCGCGAUCGGAUGCAUCGUGAUGGUGAUCAGCGGCAAAAAGGCACAGGAGCGUGGUGAAUCCGUUGCAAAGAUGAACCUCGACUGGCACAAGGAAUACAACGAGAAGGCACGCGCCGAGGAUGAAGCAUCUUUGGCAGCUGUAUCGAAGAAAUAAUAAGCCUUCCCGAGAGAGGCAGUCACCGAUCGAGGUGUUAUUUUGCUUGCAACCAUCGAACAUUUAAACGUGUGCCACUAGAAAGGGAUGUAAACCAUCGUGUAAAUACACAACUCAAGCCGUGCA